GAACAAAAGACGCAGUCAACUAUGUAUACACUGGCAGCAAGACUAAUUCUUCUCCUCCUGCUCUACAAAACCUUACGAGCCUCUCAUGCCCAUCUCCAGAUUCUCCCCACACACGCACAGUUGACUCUUGAAAUCCACAAUACUACUCAACUAUGGGCGGCCAUGGCCGACACAGGUGGAAAAUCUCUUUCUACCGCCGCUCUUCUACUUCUUCUUCUUCACCAAAACCCGACCAGGAUGAGCCUCCUAAAGAGUACUGUUGUCCAAUUUCUGGUUCUCUGAUGACCGACCCCCUCGUUGUUUCUUCAGGCCAAACCUUCGAGGCAGUCUCUGUACAGGUCUGUCGAGAUUUGGGGCUUUUACCCGUUCUCGAGGACGGGUCCCGACCCGAUUUCACUACCGUCAUCCCCAAUUUGGCUAUCAAAACUAGCAUCGGUCGGUGGUGCGCAAAUCACGGUAUUGAGCACCCACGUCCACCUGAGUAUAGCUCCGUGGAGAAGCUUGUUCGUGCUUCCGUGCCUUCUUCGUCUCUCGAUUCGUCUAAUCCUGAAAUUAGGGUUUCGGAGAGAGAGUUGCUUGCUGGUGUGGCUGAGAAUCCGCCGGUAUUGUUCUCGCACGCCGCGACAGAGUUGGCUCACCGGGUCAAUCACUUCCACUGCAGUUCCUCCGAGGAGUCCGUAAUUGUUACGACGGCGAGUCCGCCCACACCGUUGCCGCUGACGACUCGACCCGCGUGCUACUCUUCAUCGUCUUCGUCUGAAAUCGCGGAACUCGAAAACGCUAACAAUUCGUUUUCUUCGUUAUCGCCUGAAGAAGAGGAAAUUGUGGCGAGACUAAAAGACCCUGAAGUUCACGAACAAGAGCAGGCAGCUAUUUCGCUAAGAAAGCUCACAAGGACUAAAGAAGAAAGUAGAGUCUCUCUUUGUAGUCCUAGAUUACUAUUGUCUUUAAGGUCGUUAAUGGUGUCGCGGUAUUGUGUGGUGCAAACUAACGCUCUGGCUUCUCUGGUGAAUCUCUCACUAGAAAAACCAAAUAAGGUGAAGAUUUUACGGGCAGGAUUUGUUCCGCUGCUGAUUGAUGUUUUGAAGGGUGGUUCUAGUGAAGCACAGGAGCACGCUGCUGGUGCCCUCUUUAGCUUGGCGUUGGAGGAUGACAACAAGAUGGCGAUUGGUGUCCUGGGUGCUUUACAGCCAUUGAUGCACGCCCUGAGAUUUGAUAGUGAGCGAACUCGGCAGGAUUCAGCUCUUGCUUUGUACCACUUGACUCUGAUUCAAAGCAAUCGAGUCAAGCUAGUGAAACUUGGGGUUGUGUCUAGGUUGUUAAGCAUGGUGAAUUCCGGUGACUUGGCCAGCCGGGUUCUGCUAAUUUUGUGCAAUGUGGCUGCUUGCAUGGAGGGUAGAUCAGCAAUGCUUGAUGCGAAUGCGGUGGCAAUAUUGGUGGGGGUAUUGAGAGAUGGGGAAGCAGAAUCAGAGGCUGUUCUGGAGAAUUGUGUUGCAGCAUUGUUUGCUCUUAGUCAUGGGAGCUUGAGGUUCAAGGGGUUGGCUAAGGAGGCAAGGGCUGUGGAAGUGUUGAGAGAGAUUGAAGAGAGAGGGAGCGGGAGGGCGAGGGAGAAAGCAAAGAGGAUAUUACAGGUGAUGAAGGGGAGAGGAGAGGAGGAGGAGGAGGAGGAGGAGAAGAAGAAGAAAGGCUUGGAUUGGGAGGAGGUUCUGGAGUCAGGUGUAGUGAGUCGAACUCGUCAACUGCGAAUUGGUGGGGGAAAUAUCAAUGGUCCAAACACUACAAAAUUUUGAUUGUAAACUCUGUAAUUAUUAAUAGGUUUGAUAGGUUACUUGUUGAUUAGUUGGGAGAGUUGGACAUUGCAUUUGCAAACUCUGGUUUGGGAUUGUUUUGUGUAUGAGAGCUAAUGUUGGGUGAUGUAUGACUGGGGAGUAGGGAAUGUUUUAUUUUUCUUUGUGGAUAUAUUUUUUUUUAAUUUCUUUUAGGUUAUUCGAAUAAUCUGGUGUUGCAUGAUUUAUUGGAUUAUUUGUCUGUUUUA